AUGAGAGGUGAGUUGAAUGGCCUCAAAACAAAGACUUUGAGAGAACAACCUUGUGCAUAUUAUGUUCAUUUCUUUGCUCAUCAACUUCAACUAGCACUUGUUGUCGUGGCAAAGAAGAAUAUUGAUAUUGCCUCUUUCUUCACAACCACUAAUAGUGUGGUUAACCAUGUGGGAGCAUCUUGUAAGCGGCGUGAUGCACUUAGAGCGCAACUCCAAGAAGAGCUUGUGAUAGCUUUUGAAAAUGAUUGUCUUAUAACGAGGCGAGGUUUGCAUCAAGAAACAAGUCUCAAACAUGUCGGUGACACACAAUGGAGCUCACAUUACGGUACCAUUAUUAGCAUCAUUUCUAUGUUUUCAUAUGUGAUUCAUGUGCUUCAAAUGAUUACUGAUGAUAAUCCCAAUGAUAGUGCCGGUGAAGCAAAUAAGAUUCAAAGAGAAAUGCUUACUUUUGAGUUUGUGUUUCACCUAUUCUUAAUGAAAGCUAUAUUGGGACUCACAAAUGAUGUGUCACAAGAAUUGCAAAAGAAAGAUCAAGAAAUUUUGAAUGCAAUGGCUUUAGUGAAAUUAUGCAAGGAAAAGCUACAUUGGAUGAGGAAUAAUGGGUUUGAUGUAUUGGUUGAUGAGGUGUCUUCAUUUUGUGACAAACAUCAUAUUGAUGUUUCUACCAUGGAUGAGGCAUUCAUACUUCCAGGGAGGUCAAGGCGUAAUGCUCCAAUAAAGACAAAUCGUCAUCAUUAUCAUGUGUAG